GUCAGUUAUAUUAAACCACGGAUGCGAAUCGUGACUUUCAGUUUUUCUUAGUAAAAGCGUAUGUAUUAAAGUUUGCUUCAAGUGUAUUGUGUUCAGGAUAUUUGAAAAUGCCCAAAGUUUCAGUCAAAGUGAAAUGGGGUAAGGAGAUGUAUCCCGGUGUGGAGGUGAACACCGAUGAUGAUCCGGUUGUGUUCAAAGCACAAAUUUUUGCUCUUACUGGAGUGCAACCAGAACGUCAAAAGGUUGUAUGUAAGGGUGUUACACUCAGGGAUGAUGAUUGGGGUAACUUCAAAUUAACUAAUAAUGCAUUGGUAUUAGUAAUGGGAAGUAAGGAAGAGGAUGUCCCAUCUGUACCAGUAGAACAAACAAGAUUUGUGGAAGAUAUGAAUGAGUCAGAACUUGCUACAGCUUUGGAUCUUCCUGAAGGAUUAAUAAAUUUGGGGAACACAUGCUACAUGAAUGCAACAGUGCAAUGUCUGAAAACUGUACCUGAAUUAAAGAAUGCCCUAUUGAAUUAUGAUAAAUCGUCCGGGGGCGGCAGUGCCGGUGAUUUGACUAUCGCCCUCAGCGAGACUAUGUCGGCAUUAGAGCGCGGGGGGGCGGGCGCGUGCGCGGGGGCGGCGGCGCGGUUGCUGCGCGCUUUGCACGCGGCCGCGCCACGCUUUGCGGAGCGGGGUCCGGGCGGGGGGCUCGCGCAGCAGGACGCCUCCGAAUGUUGGACGGAGAUUGUGCGGGCGCUGCAGCAGCGAUUGCCCGCAGCGCCGGCGAUGCCGCAAACUUCUAAUGAUAGGAGCAAUGUGAUCGAACAAUAUUUUGGUGGUACCCUGGAUGUGGAGUUGGUAUGCUCGGAGGCAGAUGAACCACCUACAAAGAGUAAGGAGACUUUUCUGCAGUUGUCCUGUUUCAUCUCACAGGAUGUCAAGUACUUGCAGUCUGGACUCAGAUCAAAAAUGUCAGAACAGAUCACAAAAAUGUCACAAACGCUGGGACGUGAUGCGGUUUAUACUAAAACGUGCAAAAUCAGCCGUCUACCUGCAUAUUUAACGGUGCAAUUUGUCCGUUUCUAUUACAAAGAGAAAGAAUCUAUUAACGCUAAAAUAUUGAAAGACGUCAAAUUCCCUCUCGACUUGGAUGUAUACGAACUAUGUUCACCCGAACUGCAAGAACGACUGGCGCCGAUGAGAGCGAAAUUCAAGGAGUUGGAUGAUGCAGCCGUAGAAUCGUCAUUGACAACAAAAAAUAAAAAUCAAGGUGACAGUAGGAAAGAGAUCAAGAAUAAGACGGUUGUUCCGUAUUGGUUUGAAAACGACGUGGGCAGCAACAACAGCGGCUACUACCGUCUGCAGGCGGUAUUGACUCACCGCGGCAGGUCCUCCUCCUCCGGCCACUACGUGGCGUGGGUGGCGCGCGGCGACACGUGGCUGCGUUGCGACGACGACACAGUCACGCCGGUCACGCAGGACGAGGUGCUCAAACUCAGCGGCGGAGGUGACUGGCACUGCGCAUAUCUGUUAUUGUACGGACCUCGCGUAUUGCAGCUGCCCACCGUAGAGGAGCCGAUGGAGUCUGACCCCCCCGCUGAACCCUCCGGCGACCCCCCCACCGCGCUAGCGUAACCGCUCGCCCCGCUCGCUCAUUCGCUCGACUCCCUCGUACACUCGCUCGCGCAUUCCCAUCCGUCAGCGGUCUAAAAACAAUCAUCUUUUUAAAUUGGAUAAUGUUUUUUAAAGUAGUGAAAUAAAUAUCAAUAGUACACUUUAAGUACACAACAUAAUACUAAGUCCUUUCUUACAUUACGAUACUUGCAAUAGACGAUGACUUCAGUCGCGUACAAACAGAAUACUUGUUGGUAAAAUAUCUCUAGCUAAUAUAGCGAAGGGCAAUAAAAAUGUAUGUGAGUUAUUCCUCGAAGAGUUGCGUAUGAUCAAACUAGUCGUCUGUAAGUUUUGUAAUGUAAGAAGGGCCUUACUAAUAAUAAGACUUAUACAAAUUUUAAUCCGAGCGACGUAUAAGAAAUUUCCUUUGGAUUAUGUUAUUAAAAGCGUAGCAAUUGACAUAGUAGACUUUGAUAUUAUAGUUUAUGCUUUCAUCAUAUGUACGAUCGAUAGCAUGUUAGAUUAUGCGAAACAAAUUCUUCCAAUGGAUUUUAAACCCUAAUCUCUUAUUUAUUAAGUUUAAAAUUGAUUACAGAAUUUGUAUGUUUUAUGAUAAGCUGAUGUGCUGUAGUGUGUACUAUAUUUUAAAAUUAGUUUUUUACCUUAUAAAAAACGAUUUCUCAAUGAACCUUAUUCGACAGUUCCUAUCUUAUGUGCUUAUUUGUAUUUUUCAUUUUGGAAUAAUAUUCGUAAAAAGGAUACUUUGUUUCCCUAAAUUAUUUUUCUUGAUUUCAUACUACAUCGAUCGAAUAUAUGUGUAAGAAGACUUAAUUUUAAGACUGUGAAUCGAAACUGGCUAUAUAUAUUUAGAAUAUGCUAUUCAAUUAACGGAAUAUAACAUUAAAAUAGUGAGUUGAAUGCAAUUUCUGCUUAAGAUAAUAACUCUUUGAAUUGUUUCGUAUAAUUACAAUAAUGAAAUAUCACAAUAUUUACAUGUGUUUAUUUUCUUUGUACUAAAGCACAAUUUUCUCUGUACAAUUUACUAAAUACUUAAAAAUAGAUGUUUCUAAGCUGUCUUAUUUUUAUUUUACAUGAAUUGUAUUGAAAUCUCUUUAGUUUUCAUAAUGUAAAUGUAUUUUUAAGUUCAAUAAAGGAUAAUCUUAAAUAAUCAGUGCCAAGCUCUAUCAGCUGUUAUCUUUGUGAAUUCAUUCAAAUUGUUUAGUUUCUUUACCAGAAUUUAGUUUUUAAUUUAUCAAAAGAUUUUAUAUUUUCCAGUUAUCGAAUUUCGUAUCUUUUUUUUUUUUUUAUCAGAAGCAAGGAAAACGUUACGGCAUUUCACAUAAGGUUUAAUAUAAAAUGCCGUAACAAUGUGUGCUACGGCAUUUUACACUAGAUGUAGUGCUUGUUAAGGCAUUCAACAUUAUGUAUAUUAUAAAAAAGCAGUUACUAUGUGUUAUUACAAUAAAUAUAGUGCAAGAUACGAAAUUUGAUUAUUAAGCAAGCGUUAUAUGUGUAAUAAUUUCUAGUUUGUAUUGUGGUGGGACGCUACGAGCGAGUUAGCAAUUUGAUAUUUAUUCUUGAUAUUGGCAUUAUAAAUGCUGUUUGUCGCUUGAGGUACAUGAUAUUUUACGUAAAUAUCAUUAAGUUCUCUUUACAAGACGUAUUGAAUUUUAUAAGACUAAUAAUUAUACUAAACAAUGAUCGGUGAAUAAAUUUCAUUAAAUAU